UAUAAAAUCGGUGACUCAUUGUUAUAUUUAUCCUGAUACCAGAUUCAAAUUGACGCAACUCUAACAAUUGUGAGAAUAUCAGAGGGAUUGUGCUUGUCAUUAUUGGGAAGUUUGUUCCAUAUCACUCUGCUACCCUGAACAUCGCGGUAAGAUGUUGUACACAGUCUCGGAGACAAGAGAAAGGAGAAGAACAGACAGACAGGUCAUCAUUAUGUUUGCGUUGAGCGGUUGAGGAACGUGAGAGACGAGGUUUGGAGAGCUGCGAAGCUGGCGCCGAUCUGCAGGGGGAAAGUCAUUCGCUUUGCAGUAGAAUUGAGCAAGCGCGACAGGGAUGCCGGUGCGAAGCUGUGGCCACAAGUCGACGAGGCAAGACGCAGGUGGUAAAAGCAUUCUUUCGCCAGGGGUUUGCUGUCAUUGACCGCCGCAGGGUGGAGGAACGUGACUGACUGAUUCACGCUUUACGAGUUAAAGCCAUAUACUUUUUCAACUGGAUCGUCAGCCUACUGACUAAGCCAUGACCCAAACCAGCAUGUCCCGUGAGGAGGCCUACUCUGCCCUGAUGAGGGGGGUAAAGGAGCUGGACCUCAACGGGCCAAACAUACCCAGCAACUUAGUACUGAUUGGCGACCAAGCCUUCCCACUGGCCAUGAACGCUUGUGGCCAGGUCCUGAUGGCUGCCUCAUUCUACGGCCGAGGCCGGGUGGUGGUGCUGGGCCACGAGGGCUACCUCACCGCCUUUCCUACCCUAGUGGAGAAUGCCCUAACCUGGCUGACAGGCUCCUCCUGUGACAGCACUACCGUCGGCGUCCAUCAGAGCUGUAAGGCCGUAGCCGACAACCUCAGCCACUCCAGCCUCCAACCCAAGGUGGGGGGCUUCUGCAAGGGUCUAGGAGUGUAUGUGACAGAUGCGUACUGCGUGGGCCCAGAGGUGAAGGAGCUGGUGGGGUUCCUGAAGGUGGGGGGCGGGCUGCUGAUUGCUGGUCAGGCGUGUAGCUGGGCGGAGGAACACCCCAAACAGAACACCCUGCUGCGUUUCCCUGGGAACAAGGUGUCAAGCGUGGCUGGCAUCUACUUCUCGGAGCACCUUGGGGGGCUGGGUACUCUCCCUGUGCCUCCACAGAUCCCUUCCAACUGGCUGUCUGUGGUGAUAGGCAAGGACUUCAAGGAUGACCUGGAGUUCCUGCUGGAGGGCGUGACUGAGUUUGAUAUCCAGGGCGAGUCUAUUUUCUCAGAGGUGCUGGUACACGGCCCUCUCGCAUUCCCCAUCGGCACCACAAAGGACGGCAGGGCCUUUCUGGCUGGGGCAUACUACGGCCAGGGCCGAGUCAUCGUGAUCACCCACGAGGGAUACUUGGGCCGAGAGCAGAUGUACCCCUUCAUGCUCAAUGCCGUGCGCUGGUUAGACGAGGGCCGUAAUGGCUUGGUAGGUGUCCUGCCCCAGCUCAACUCCGCCCACACCCUGCUGAGCAAGUCAGGCCUGCCCUGUAAGAGGAGCGGCUUCAGGAAGGAGCUUAGCGUCUACGUCUGCACCUCCUACAGCGACGCCCAGGCCGAUGAAAUCCAAGACUUUGUAGCCGAGGGUGGGGGUCUGCUGAUCGGGGGCCAUGCAUGGUACUGGGCCCAGUCAAAUCCGGACCACAACACCAUGACAGAGUACGCAGGCAACCACAUCCUCAACAAGAUGGGCCUCAGCCUGUUGGGGAACACUCUGGAUGCAGGCUGCUACAAGGCCCCAGUCCCGGGUCAGACCUGCUCCGAGGGCUUCCACUUCCGCCACCUGCUGCGCCGCUUUGCCGGACACGUGAUCCAGGGCGAGACACUGACAGAGCAUGAGGAGGCGGGUUUGAAGAAGCUUGGCAGCGACUGCACCAAUUACCUGCACAUGCGGGCGCACGACUGUGCCUCGUACACCUCGGUGCUGGCCAUGCUCACCGAUGUGCUGAAGGAGACAGGCAUCCCCCAGGUGUGCCACAGCUGCCCGGUGAUAAGCGCCAAGGACCACCUGCUGCUCAGUGUAGGCACGCAGGUGUACAAGGUGUGCCAGGACCCAGACGCCCUACUGCCUUACCUGAUCAAGGACCAGCCCAUGAUGCCCGCCUUGUCCAAUUCCAGGGUUAGGAUCAACUGUAAUACAGCAGGAGGAGAGGAGUGGCUCAGCACUGGUCUGUUCCUUUCCCCUGGGAUGAGGACGUACAUGGCCAUGCCACCACAACUCGUCAACCAGGGCUGGAAGGUCCAGAUAGGCUGUCAGACUGACAACAUUGGGAAUUCGAACGAGCUGAGGCGAGCGCCAGUGGUUCAUGAACGCUUCCCCAUAGACUCAGAGAUGAUGCAGGUGUGGAACCUGUGGGGCGGCCUCCUCUAUCUCAUCGCCCCUCCUAAGACCCAGGUGGAGGGGGUGGAGGUCAUCAUUCAGGGGGCUGUGCCGGCCCCCUAUUACAAGACUGGACCUGAGCCCUAG